GUGAGGCAGCUCCGGCCGGGGCCUCGUGCUCCCCAGGCAGCCCAUGCGGGGCCCGGACCGGCCAGACCCGCGGAAACCCCCGGGGUCUGGGCUGCCCGCGCCCAGCUCCGGGCUGCCUCCCCUCAGCGCGGGAGGAGGCGGCGCGCACCUGCCCCGGCCGCCAGGGCGGGCCCAGCCAGACGCCGCCUUCCGGGACUCCGCACCGGGAAGCCUCGGCUGGGGCCGCGCCGCCACAGGCAGGACUACAUGGCGAGCAGAUGGACUGUUUGAAGCACUGGGUUUGAUCGCCUCUGCUGACUGUAACCCACAGGGAAUCUCUUAAGUAUCUCUGUCAUCUGAGGUUUUCCCCUGAUAUGGAACAAAGUGAAGGUGAACAGGAGUCUCAGCCAGAGAGUCAUGUGGAUAGCAAGAGCAGUGUGAAAUCUUUGCCUGGGGGAGCAGCUCAUGUCAAACUAGAGAUAAAAAAACAUGCAGUUACAGAUGACUACAAACUCUCCAAACGGGUGUUAGGGUUAGGAAUCAAUGGCAAAGUACUGGAGUGUUUCAACAAGGAGACAGGCCAGAAAUGUGCUUUGAAGCUCCUGUACGACAACCCAAAAGCCCGUCAGGAAGUAGAAUAUCAUUGGAGAGCUUCAGGGUGUCCCCACAUCGUCCAUAUCCUGGAUGUUUAUGAGAAUAUACAUCAUGGAAAGAGAUGCCUCCUCAUUGUCAUGGAAUGCAUGGAAGGAGGAGAGCUGUUCAGCAGGAUCCAGGAGAGAGGAGAUCAAGCUUUCACUGAGAGAGAGGCCUCUGAGAUAAUGAGAGACAUCGGAACAGCCAUCCAGUAUCUGCAUUCAAUGAACAUUGCCCACAGAGAUGUCAAGCCUGAAAACCUGCUUUACACGUCUAAAGAGAAGGAUACUGUGCUCAAACUCACAGACUUCGGCUUUGCCAAAGAAACCACUGUACAAAAUGCACUGCAGACCCCCUGUUACACUCCUUAUUAUGUGGCACCAGAAGUCCUUGGUCCUGAGAAGUAUGACAAGUCAUGUGACAUGUGGUCAUUGGGUGUUAUCACAUAUAUUCUCCUGUGUGGGUUCCCUCCAUUCUACUCAAACACUGGUCAAGCCAUUUCUCCAGGGAUGAAGAGAAGAAUUCGGAUGGGGCAAUAUGGGUUUCCCAAUCCAGAGUGGGCUGAAGUAUCGGAGGAAGCCAAACAACUGAUUCGCCACCUCCUGAAGACUGACCCAACAGAGAGGAUGACAGUUUCUCAGUUUAUGAAUCAUCCUUGGAUUAACAGAUCAAUGGCAGUGCCACCAACUCCUCUACAUACUGCUCGGGUCCUGCAAGAGGAUAAAGACCAUUGGGAUGAAGUUAAAGAGGAGAUGACCAGCGCUUUGGCUACCAUGAGGGUGGAUUAUGAUCAGGUGAAAAUUAAAGACUUGAAAACAUCCAACAACCGCCUCCUGAACAAACGCCGUAAGAAGCAAAAGCAGGCAGGCACUUCUUCUGCAGCCCCAGGGUGCAAUAACCAAUGAGAAGAGAAGCCAAGGACCUGUGGGUGGAGGGUAAAGUUAAAAGGAGCAAUUUAAAAUCAGUAUGAUCAACUCAGUCGGUACCACAAAGGCAAUGAGGCCAUGAAGAAGCUAUCCUGCAAAGAGAGACCUUUGUGAAAGAUUGCAUUUUUAAACUUGAAUCAGGGCUUUGCUUUUAAAGGCUAAUUUGUAUGACAUGAUUCUGUUGUGCAUUGCUAGGGAGGAUACAGUAAUACCAGAAGUGUUACAGGUUUUUGUUUUGGCUUUAACUGUAUCAGAGGAGGGGAGAGAACAGAAGGCAGCCUCAGCAUAGUAAUGCACUGAGGCUUUAACAGCUACCUGCAAGAGUAACUUCUGCUACUGUUUUGAAAUUGGGAAUAGAAAAAAUGCCAAGUGUUCUGCUAGGAGUGUUUUAAUAGUUCAAAUAUGAGUACUGAGAAAGGAGAAAAAUGUCACUGCUCUUGAGAUGAGUAGCACAGAUGCAGUUCUAUUUUGGAUUCAUCUGGACAGCAUUUCAUAUUAGAAUUGGUAAGAGCAGCCAAUAUUUCAAAACUUACCUCCUAUAGUUAUAGAGCAUCACCUAAACAGUAAAGAGUUAUUCCCGUUACAGGAAAAAGUAUCCAUACAUUUCCAUUUUCAUAAAGUCUUCAUGUAGCCUCAUGUGAAGAUUUGAGUUUGUCAUGGAUUCUCAUCUGAUGACAUGUAAGUUUGCUGAACUGUAAACAUUAUGUCAUGUCUUUGCCACUGUUAGAUCUCUCUCUCAUAAUGUUUUUAAUUUAAAUGAUACUUUAUGUGAAUAGUUUUAGUAAGGAUUUAAGUAGUUGAAGGUAUCCUGCAGAGAAUAUUGCUGUUCCUCUUGGAUCCACAGCCUCUAGGGCAUGCAGCUGGACAUGCAAUUGUAUGCAAGAGACUGCUCUAGAAGAGAGGCUUCUGAAAUCUGUGAAGAAGUGACAGGUGUAUGUUCUCUGAAUGGACCCUGGUGUCUGCCAGCAUCCCUUCUGGUAAUUAUCUCCAGGUCAUGUGCCUAAGAUAUGCUGAUCAUAGCUAAUUUCAGGAGGUUGGUUGGUUUCCUAGGGUCGGGGGGGAGGAUGCUGCUUCAUUUGCAGUGUUUUGUCAGGUGUUUCUGGAUCUAAAGAUUUUCACUACCUGAGGGAGAUUUCACAGGAGUAUAUCCACCCUUUGUUUUUUUUCUAUUCUAGAUCUUGUUUUAUGGGAUCCUAGCCUUGGUUUGCUAAUUUCUUUUAUUUUGUGAUCAAAAUAUUUCCUCUUGCUGUAUUUUGGGUUGGUUUUUCUUAGUUGAGGUGAAGCAAAUAUUUGUGAAAGUGUUAUCAGGGUCUAAGAUGAAAAUUAUGUGCUUCCAAUGAUGCAGACAAAAACUAGUUUGUGGUAGGCACAUGGAGUACUGGUGUGUUAAUAGGCUCAGAAGAUUGUUAAAAGACAAAAAGGAAAACAAGGCUCUAGAGAGGAUCUGAAUCAUCAAAUCUGCCACGUAGAUCUUGUUACCUCCAACAAAGAUCAUCUUGAGGCUUUCAACCUUCUCUGUGGAGCCCUGUUCCCACCCUUGAAGUGUUGGACAAGACCUCCAUUCUUCCUUGUGAACUGGUCCUAGGGUUUUAUAAACUGAUUUUAAUAAACUGUGUUACAGCA